GUUUAUUGUUUAAAUGGUGUGGCAUGCGUUAGUACCAUAGGAGAUUAAAACAAAGGUCGUGCGUGUGUUAAAUUUGGCGAAUUUUAACUAAAAUGAUCGAGGAACAUGACGAACGUGAAACGAUAUGCGACUCCGUGAAUUCACUUGUGGAAGGCUGUCGUUUGCCAGUCAAAAUGCAUGGAACGGACGAUUGGCGUGACCCUAGCUGAAAUCAUCAGUGUUAAGGAAGUACACGGUGUCAAGUGUUAUUAUGUGCAUUACGUUGAUUUUAAUAAACGAUUAGAUGAGUGGGUAACGGAAGAUUGUUUGGACACUAGAAAAGUUCAGUAUCCUCGACGAGAUGGUACAGCUCCUGGAACAGGAGCAGCUACUCCGAAAAAACAAGUACAAAGUAGACCCCCUAGUCCUAGUAGUGUCAGUAGUGAGCCAUUAAAUGGCACUGCCGUUCUACAAGCAGCAUUGCAAAAGAAAAUGUCUAGAAAGAGAAAGUCAACAUUUUUAGAAAACGAGGAUUCUCAAGACGGUCCUCCACAAACUACAGGUCCAAGACCUACUGGUUCGUUGGUUGCUCAUCAUCACGAUGAUGUUGUCACACGAAUGAAAAAUGUAGAACUGAUAGAAUUAGGUCGUCAUAGGAUAAAGCCUUGGUAUUUCAGUCCAUAUCCACAAGAGAUGGUAAAUCUUCCGUGUAUAUAUAUCUGUGAGUUCUGUUUGAAAUAUAGAAAAAGUAGAAAGUGUUUGGAGAGGCAUUUGGCAAAAUGUAAUUUAUGUCAUCCGCCAGGAAAUGAGAUAUAUCGAAAGGGCUCUAUUUCGUUUUUCGAAAUCGAUGGUAGGAAGAACAAAAACUAUGCGCAGAACUUAUGUUUAUUAGCAAAGUUAUUUCUCGAUCAUAAGACAUUGUAUUACGACACUGAUCCUUUUCUAUUUUACGUUAUGACUGACUUUGAUAGCAGAGGUUUUCAUAUAGUUGGAUAUUUUUCCAAAGAAAAGGAAUCAACAGAGGAUCAUAACGUUGCUUGUAUUCUUACUCUACCACCUUAUCAAAGAAAAGGAUAUGGAAAGUUAUUAAUAGAAUUCUCCUACGAACUCUCGAAAUUCGAGGGCAAAACUGGAUCUCCAGAAAAGCCAUUAUCAGAUUUAGGCUUGUUAUCUUAUCGAAGUUAUUGGGCGCAUACGAUAUUGGAUAUAUUACUGAACAUAAAACCUGUUGUUGAAAAUGAGAAACCGCAAAUAACGAUAAGUGAGAUUUGUGAAUUGACAUCUAUCAAAAAGGAAGACGUGAUAUCGACAUUACAAAAUUUAAAUCUGAUUAAUUACUACAAAGGACAAUAUAUUGUAACAUUAAAUAGAGAAAUAAUUGAACAACAUUCAGCAUCAAUGGAAAAACGCCAAGUCAAGAUAGAUCCAAAGUGUCUUCAUUGGACACCAAAAGACUGGAGUGUUAGAGCUAAAUGGUGAAAUGAUUUUUAAAAUGAUCAUAACCCAAUGUUAAUUUGUCUUAGAAUUAUUUUCAGGAAUUCUGGAAGUGAUUAUGUAUGAUUUUAAACUGUACAGAAUUGUACAUAAUGAUACGAUCUUAUGGUCUGAUAUUUUAAAGACUGUUAGUAGUCCGUGACAUGAACCAUAGUGGUUUAAUUAUUCAUUGAAUCAAGUAGAUUGUACUAUUUGUGAGAUUUCAACAUUAAUGAAUGUAAUUAAUGAGUUGUACGUAAAACAAUAUUCGUUUUACUUAAUCAAUAGCAAUCUUUUAAUACGACUAAAAUUUUUUAACAAAAUUCUAUCUAUACAACUUUGUGGUUGUUUGUACAAAGACUUGGAUGAUAUUUUGACUUUGUAGAAUUGCAAAUAAAUAUGAUUUUAUAACA